GAUCCUACGAAACCCCAAUCCCAUCGCAGCUCGGGACAAACGUCCAAUCAAAGCAAGCUGCUCUUCUGGCUGCAGUCAAGAAACCCCUUUUCCACACGAACCUUCAUGUGUGAAGUGUACCAACUUCGUUACUAAAAAGUGUCACUUCCUUUCGCAAAACGGCUGGCCGCGGCAUAAAACGCUUACAUAAUUUCGCUUCUCCACGUGCGUGCAAUCGAACAAGUGCCCGUGCCACGGCGGGGGCAAUAGAAUAAAUUACCAACAAGUACGAUAGCGCAAAAGUGCAAGCAGCGCACGAUGGCGAGUGUGUCGUGCCGAGUCUUCCCAAAAUCACACCCUGGCUGGAUCACAAUAAGUCACGAAAUGGUAUGAUUUUGGUGAGGAAAAAACCCCCCAAAUCGUUCAAUUAUUUAAAUUCUAACAUUUUGUAAUCGCAAAUAAGGUGCAGACAAAGUGUAUAUGUGUGUGUGUGUGUUUCUGCCCGAAGCUAUGAUUGAUUAGGGUGUGCUGGUUUCACUUUCGCUUCACGCCGAUAUGGUUCAUCCUUGUUACAAAAUUCUGUAAUUAUCCCUAAUGGAAUGGGGCGUGGAUGCCCCGGAUCCCAAUCAUACAUCGCGAUGUGUGUGUGUGGUGGUGGUGAUGGUCGCGCGAAAUUUGCACAGCAAGAUUUAUGGCUUUCCGAUAUCUAAUCGACUGAUCGAGGAAGGCUUGGCUUGGUGCAGCUUGCGUGCAUGCAACCGGGCGCCAUCUUCGGACGGUCCAGUGAAAAGGGGCACAAAAAAAACGGGUAAAAUAUAUGCGGUUCAGUGAAAAAUGAUGUGCUCAUUUCCGGUCCAGCAGGUUUAACGUAUAGCACAGCCCAACUUGCUUGGUCAUCGGCCAAAACGGAAAGGAGAGGAGUGGGGAAGCGUAGCGGAACCCUUUACGUCGCCGACUAAUGAGUGCAGCGGAAGCAAUCGAUCAUUAGGUGGAACUGCAUAAGACGGCACAGUUAGAUCAAUCUAUCAAAGUGUGCCACGCCGAACCGUGAAACUGGUGGCGCGAUGUGACGGGUGGUUGAAAAAUAAAAGUGAAUUAAAAUUAAAUGUAAGUUACAACAAAAAGGGUGAAAGUUAAACAAAAAAGUCCUUCAAGGCAAUUACAAUCCACAAGCUAGUGUUCUAAUCGCACAAGGAUUAAGCGGAAGAUGUACAGCCACCACUGCCCACCAUAAUGGUGACAGUGACUGUAGUGCAUAUCCCGGUCACGGCACCAACAGUCGAAGAGAUGCCGGCGCCGCCUUGUAUCACACGACCGUCGUGGUGCUGAUGAACCAAGUGUUCCAGUUCCAGCUCGGCCACACGGGAGCGCAACCGACCCGGUUCGACACCGUCGUAGCAACUCGCAGACGCUGGCUAGACCGGGACCGGCCAGAAUGUACAGCCAGAAUGGCGGCCGAAGCAGCAGCAGCACAGCCAGAGCGUCAGCAGCUUCUACCGUGCAGCAGCGCUACCCAUCGAACCACCAUGCGUACGGGGCUGGUGGUGGUGGUGGUGGUGGCAGCGGUAGUGUUGGCCGCAGUCGUCCUGGCUUUCUCGGGAGCUACGGUUCGUCCUCCACACCAUCGUCAUCGUUGGAAAAUCAAAGAUCGCUCGAGGGACAGCACAGUGCCACGAGCACGACCGGUACGGCGACGACCAGCCUGUUCGGCGAUCCGGUACUGCCCGCGACCCGCCAUGCCGAUCUGCUCGGUGGUGAGGAUCUGUACCAGAAUCUUAAGAACAACAUCGAGCUGUACCAUGCGAAGCUGUACAACGAUCAGGAGCGGCAGCGACAGGCGGAACGGGACGCGCUGUUUGAGCAGUACGCAAACGGAGCAGCGCAUCGCUCGGUGUCGGCUGUGGGUGGUGGCGGAAUGGUGAAAGGAGGGCUGGUGAAACCGGCCGCUGACAAUGGUGUGACGACGUACGGUGAGAUGCCGGCACGGAGGAGAAGCUUCGGUAGGACGCAGUCGGCAGGGAUGGGAGUAGACAUGAGCACGAGCAGAUCGAACAUAUUCGACAUGGAUCUGCUGAAGCAAAACGAUUGGAUUGAUUUCUCCGAGCACGAGUACCAGCAUAGCCUCAUUCCCACCAACAGCCGCACGGUGGCCGACGUGCAACAGUUCACUGGCGGCAACAUAACGCGCCGGAUCGAGAAUGGCGUCUUCCAGAAUCCGCGGGCGGCAGCGGCGGCCCGUGCCUCCCGGCGCAACUCCAUCACCGACUCGAGCGUGUACGGGAUGCGGGGCUCCGCGAUGGUCGAUAUGAUGGGUGAUGCCGGACCGGGAACGGCCACCUUCACGGUGAUCGGGCACGGACCGGUUGGAUACGAGGAGGGAGCCUCGGCACUGCCCGUGGGAGGGAUUCACGAUCCUUCCACGUCGAGCGAUGGGAACAGUGAGUUCGAGCGGAUGCUACGGUACGGCCGUACCGAUCCAUCGACUGCCAUUAUCAGGGAUAAGAUAAACACGGGAUCUAAUUUUAGAGUAUCGGACGCACGCCAGCACAAAAACACCGCCUUCACCAUCAUCAACGAAGUCCUGCCCAAGUCCAGCUCGUUCGAUCUGGCCGGCGGUAGCAACCGCUACUCGCCGUACCGCGAGAAGCACCGGCUCGCCUCCUCCCGUAUCCUGUCGGCCAGUUCCGCCACCCAGGACACCUCGAACGUCGGUUUCUAUGGUUACGGGGCCGAUUUCCCCGAGGAAGGCUCCAUCGGUGCAGCGCACGGUCAUCGGAGGCGUUUCAGCGGCUCGGAACUGUCCCUCAGCACGCUCGGUGGCCACCCGAAGGCGGCCUCCGCCCGCACGAAACGUCCCGCAAAGUCGAAAACCUCCCUCUCGCUAGCGCCCAACCCGGGCCGGCGGCAGCGCGGUGUGCUCGAGGUGAUUAGCAAAAAAUCGACCGUGCCAAGUGCCAAAGUGACAAUCACGCAGCCGUCGGAGGAUGGGCGCUCGAUCACGCCCACGCCGAGCGAGUCGGGCCUGUCCGGGACGGGGACGGACGGCGAUCGCAUAUCGAUACCGGAGCAUCAGCUGAAGAAUCUGAAGCUGUUUGGCUACAAACCAUUCUCGGGCCGGCCCACUCUAUCGCCCGUACCGGACAAGGAUUCGAUGGAAAGCUCGCAGGCCGAUCUUAAAGAGGGUGGAGCUGGAAGUGGGAAGAAGGGCGGCGAGAAGGGAGGCUUCCGAGCGCCCGUUUUUAACAUCCGAGGGCUGCUGAUGUCACCAAGGUCGCGGGACAAAAGCAAGGAAGUGUCGCCGGGGCGGGCAGACGGCAGCAAGGAAGCGUCCGUGGAAAGGGAUCCCAAGGCGCAAAGCAAGGCGGAGCCACCGUCCGGCAAGGAGGGAGAUGUGCAAGCGUCGCCACCGAAAAAGCGACGCUUCAAUCUUGCCCGCGCCAUCAUAGAAAGUGCCCGAAAGGGGGGCAGCACUGAGCCGGAGCCGGAGAAACACGCCAAACCAGCGGCGAUGGCGGCUGCAAAGGCAUCGCAUGGAGAGGAAGAAAGCGGUGAGAAGCGAAAGAUGGCACUGAAGAUGAAGUUUGGUAUCGUGCGGUCGGGCGUGCGCAAAGACUCGGAAGGCAACGGGGUGAAGGAGAAGAAAGCCGAUGGAAAGAAGGGAAAGGCAGCGAAGGGAGCGGCCAAACCAUCAGGCACGGCUAGUGCUAAGGGGAAGAAGCCGAAGACGGUCGCAAGUAAAAAGGGCGGACGCUAUGACGAUGAUGACGAUUACGAUCCAUACGACGAAGGACCAAAACGGUCGAAAAAGUCAACCGGCGGUGGCGGAAUGUUGAAGAGUGCGUUGAACUACGCCGCAAGUUUUCGUUCGCGCAGUGAUCGUGUUGGAACGGCCGGUCCAGGUGGACGUCGAAAGCCGACUGCUGCGGAGCUUCCAAAGGGUGCGUCAAAGACGGGCCAGAGAGGUACCGGUAGGGACGCAGGCAUGGAGAAGCUGACACCGAACGCACGAAGGAGAGACAAGAGUGCAAAAGCUGGAAUGGGAGAAAAAGAUCAAAGGGGAAUGAAAAUGGGUGCAACCGGCGGUGGCGUUGGACGUGUAAAGAGUGGAAAAGCACUGCCGGGCACUCCGGCAAACCGAGCCAAAUCGGCAGCUGGAGGACGGGGGAGGCAGCUGAGACGAAGCAGCUCGGCCGUUGCACUCGACCCGGGCCAGUUGCGGCGGGCAAACAAGCUGUACGAGAAGAACCAGAAAGCUGCCGGCGGUGCUGGCGGAAUGAUGGGAGCGGGCAAGAGUGGCCGCGGUGGCAAGAGCAGCAGCUCGCUGAUCCAGUCCAAGGCGAACCGGCACUCCGACAACGAUAUGACCGGCCCGGGAGGGCUGAUGAAGAGUGACAGCCGCGGGGAGAUGCGGAGUGGCAAAGGUUCGGCGAAAGCGGUGGACGGGGCCGGUUCCGACACCAAGGAACGCAUCGAGAAGCGUGACUCGGAGCGAUCGCUGAAGAAGAGCGACAGCAACAAAUCGCUCGCAACGAUGGGCGGAAAGCCGAAGAAGAGCGACUCGAAGAGUUCGCUGCUGAACAAGCGUUCGGAUUCGCGUUCGAGCCUGCACCAGACGGCAGCAGGGACGGGUGGCGGAGACUCUUCGGGCGGCGGUGGUGGAGGCGAUGCGUCCGGGACGGAGCUCGGUGGCAAGAGUCCGCUCAAUGCCGUCACGGAGGGAGCGACCGAUGUGGGGGUGAAAUCGGCACGCCCCACGCCGAAGCUGCAGAGCAAGGGAUCGCUGCUCAGCCUGAUCAGCUUGAAGGGAAGCAAGCGCAAUUUGGACCGUGCCGCUGAUGCUGGCCAACGGCCCGACACUGCCACUACGACGGCGACCGCUAUCGACGGUACGAUGGCAUCCUCCACUCGCCUGCAAUCCGCCUCGAUUAGAAACGCACCCGGUACGGCGGGAGCGGACGGUACAGGGGAAGACACCGUUGGAUCGAAGGCGGGCGGCAUGAACGAAAAACCGACCAGCACGAAACCGCUGCGCAGGAUGAUGAGCCGCGGAUCGCUGCUAUCGAUCAAGAGCAUUGCUCACGCCCGUUCGUUCACCAACAUUCGUCCACCGACGGCGGGAGGUGCUGGGGCGGGCGGGGAUGGUGAGACGGGAAGUGGCGGUACGAUGGCACCGCAAACGAUGACGAAGGUGACGGAAGGUUCGCAGGAGCACGACGAUACGACCGACACCGAGACGAGCCAUGGGGCGGGUGGUGGUGGCGGUGACGGGCAGGGCUCGAUGGGUGUGGCAACGCACGAGCUGACGGUGGCGGGCGACGGUGAAGGCGAGAAGGUGUCGAACGAGUACAAUGGUGAACACCGGAUGAAGUCACCGAUGGCGGAGCACAGGCAGCAGCAGGGUAGCCGGAGUCCCGGGAUGGACAACGUUUCAAGUGCCAACACGGAGUCGAUGCGCGAUCGGACGAUGGGGCCAGACGGGGGUGGCGGUGCCGGAAGCAACAGCGACGAGUUUGACGAGGACGAGCAGGUCAAGUGCUCGAAAUGUUGCUGCGCCUGCUGUGCACCGUGCUGCACGCGGUUCUGCCUACCGUUUAGGCGAUGCUUCCGCAGCUGCAGCGGGUGCUGCGGCCGGAGCCGUCUCGGCAAGCGUAAGGCGGACGGGCAGCUGGCUAAGCAGCAGACGGCAAAGCAAACGACGGCCAACGAACCGGGCAAGCAAAGCUGCUGGGAGCGGCUGUUCGGUUGCUGUCGGCGGUGCCGCAACUCCAAGACGGCACCGGAAUCGACGGCGAUCGUGCAGCGUGCACCAGCCGCCGAAUCGCAACCCAAGUCGUCGCUGUCGUCCUGCUGGCAGUCGCUCAGCUGCUGUGCUAGCUGUCGCCGGAACAAGUCCCGUGAGCUGGUGCCCCGUUCCUCGAUCGAUAGUGAUCCCCCGUCCGAAGAUCAGUCCCGAUGCCGAUCGUGCUGGAGUAGCCUGCUCUGUUGCUGCCGACCGAAGCCGCCCACCGACGGCAAGGGUACGCAGGUCAAGCGCCACAAGAUGGAGGAACCGGUCGAGAUGGAGACGGUCAAGUGUUGCUUCUGCUUCAAGCGCCAGCGUCCGAAGGUGAAGGCGAAACCGAAAAAGAAGGUCCCGGUGAAGUCGACCUUCAACUGUCUGAGCUGCUGUAUGAUGUGCUGCAAGAAGAAGGGCGACAACCAGAGCCGCCGGACGAGCAAUUUGAGCAAGAAGCAGAGCAUUGCGCCCACUAUUCCACCGGAGGACUUGCGGCCAAAAAUCGAUAUGUCACUGGUGGAGCACUCCUCUUUAAUGCGUGGUGCCAUUCCGGUGCUUCCGAUCUGUUUGGCGUACUUUUGUUUGUUCCUCAACGUAGUCAUACCCGGUUCCGGGACGGUACUGUCCGGUGGGCUGUGUCUGUGCAUUGGCAAGCCUCGCUUUUCCCAGCACGACUCAAUCAAGGGCCGCAUCGGCUCGUUCAUCAUCAACUGUAUCGUGGGCAUCUCGCAGUGCUUCACGAUCAUCUUCUGCGUCGUCGGGUGGGGUUGGGCCAUCUGGUGGGGUACGAUCAUGCUGCGGCUAGCUAGACAACAUCGAAAGAUACUGGAAAUGGAGGCGGCCCAAGAGGAGGGCGAAGAGCAGACGACACUCUCCAACCGGACCGGUGCCUCCAAUCCGCCCGUGGCCUUAGUCUCCAAAACACAUCGUGACGUCGAGACGGGUCGGUAGGUGUUAAAUGAAUGAAUUUCCCACGGAGAGUGAUGUUUUUCUUGCUGGGGAAAGGUUUAACUGCCGUUUUUGUACAUUUGCCAAACGGCACGCUGAUACACACGGGUGAGCGAGCGUAGUGAGGAGGAGCGUGUGUACGGGAACCAACGAUUUGGACUGUAUUGUAGCAAAGAAAUGUUAACACGUUAAUGUAUGUAAAAAGAGAAAAAAAAAGCUGGGAAAAGGAAUACCAAAACCACACACCUCCUCCUUCUCCUAAUUUUCCUUUCUCUCCCGUUUUAUCCUCUUUUGUUGGAAAAAAUACGGUUAUAAAUUGGGAAGAAUAAAGUAAAGUCUUUUAACUUUUACACAAAAAAAAAAGAUAACAUACCUGGUUUCCUU